AGAAAUUAAUGCCCAAACCUUUCUAUUCUAUUCUUCUCUCCUCCUCACAAGCCUUUCGACCCAAGCAAAUCCAGCUCCUUUUUCUCUUAAUUUUUAUUUUUCCCCUUCAAUUAUUUAAAAAAAUAUAUAUAAAAUUAAAUUAAAAUGGAAAAUGAAAAAGAGUAGUUAAAUUAAAAAAAAAAAAGUUCCAUUAAUGGCCUGGGCUCCGACAUGUAUCAGUAGUCGUGCCUCGUCUAUGUAUGUAUUUAUGUGUAUCUGAGUUUUACCUUUCUUUCUUUUCUUGGGUUUCUCGAUGCGCGUGUCGUUUAUUCUCCUCCGUUUGAUCUCCCGGCGGUCCUCCUUUCACCGCCGUUGAUCUUCUUCCUACUCCUCUCCUGUUGUGGCUCUUUUUAAUGUUAUGAAGCUCACUGGUUAUUGCUUCUCCUCCUUUCUCUUCUUGUUCCCUCUUCUUUCAUGGAACUCCUCUCUCCAAGAAGUGAUUGCUGGUAAUUUGAACUUAAAGCGAGACUUUGAUGGGGAAUGGUGAUAACGGGCGCUGCAUAUUCCCUCUCACAAGUUUGCAAAUUGGAGAUUUGCAGACUUACCUUUCUGAUCUUAGCCUCUUCGUGGCCCUUGAAAGUAACAAACUUUAUAUAUUGGUAGACAACCGGCCAUGGCUGAGAGACAGAGGUUCUCGUCCCGCGCACUUGUGGCAGUUGAUGGUUACCAAGUCAAGGUUAUCUCCUUUUGCAAACACCAAAGUACGGAGGGAGAAAAAGGUGGACAAAGAGGCUUGCUCCAGUUCCAAUGCUAUAAAACCAAAGACAUUUGACAAAUGGUUUCGACUAAUUGAUGCGAUUACAUUGUCUCGAAAGAGGGUUUUGCUACCUGUAAAGAAACUACAUCAAUCGUCACUUUUAAGCAGAGAGCUGCAUAGGACCUUGUAUGGUUUCAUCGUUUUUGAAGUUGCAUGGAGCAAUGUUCGAGGUAUCAACUAUUUGAAUGAGCUUCAGACUGAUACCUCUCUGGCUAUAGAGGCUAAAUUCAUGCAAAGAUGGGAAUUUGACAGUAUUGCUCAAGCAGCAAGCAGUAUAUCAUCAUGGUUUUCUGGAACAACCUCAGAAAAGCGGUUGUUAAAAGAGUAUCUCGAUUCUGCAGUAGGAGACAUCUUUUAUGAUGCUGAAGAAGAUACUUUGAAUUCUGUAUCUGAUGAUGUUGCCGAAAAUAUCUGCAACGAUAAUUUGUCUAUUGAGGAUGAUUCUCUCCUGAGCUUGGGUAGCAAGUUUGGUGUAUCUUCCGUAUCUGAUAUUGAUGAAAAUGAUGUUCAACACACUCCACCUCCUCUCAGUCCACCUCCUCUCAGUGGACUUUGGAAAAGAAGGAAACUAACAAACUCCAGCAUUACAAGUGUGAAAUCUGGCAUGUGUACUGAGGGAAUCAGGAACUCUGAGAUCUGGGAUGAAAAUGAUGUGGAAGCUACCCAGUAUAUGGAUGUUUUAAUCUUGUUCAGGUUCAAUGACCAUGACCUUCCAUUUACUCUAAGAAAAGUAAUAAUGUCCGAUUUGCGGUUACUGACUUUAUUAGAGGCUGGGCUUCCAUCUUGGGUUCUCUUCCUACAGUCAUAUCCAGUGUUUUGCCAUGUAUAUCGACCAUGGAUGUGCCCAUUGGCAAGAGCUUUAUAUGUACUUAUCUCUGUUGUAACUGUCCUCAUAGGAUUUUAUGAUUUGUACAAGAAUGUCCCAGUUCUGAAGGCUACUGCGUCUCGAUUGUUUGGGCCUCUUUUUGAUUGGAUUGAAACUUGGGAGAUGAUAACAAGGAUUAAAUACUUGGGAACAAUGCUAUUUCUGCACAACUUUCAAAAGGCCGUUAACUGGUUUCUUACAAUUAGGAGCACCACCAGAUCCUUCUUGUCAGUUCUCACUCAACCAUUGGCAGAGCCACUUGUAGAAUUUUUUGAGUUUCUCCUACCAGUGUCCAAUGUGAUGAUUGAAGUCGUAGAGAAAUUGUUCUCAGUUAUUUGGAUUCUGAUUGAGUCUUCUUGCAAUCUUGUGGGGAAUGUGGUAGAGAUGUUCCUAUUCCCCAUAUGGUUUGUAGUCUCUGUUAUCUGGAGUGUUGCAAUAUCAAUUUUAUGCCCCAUAUUUUGGGUUUUUUGGGAAUUACUCUAUGCUCCAGUUCGCAUUGUUUUGGCAUUAGCCACUUUCAUAGUAUUUGUUUGUACCUCUAUAUAUGAGAUGCUUGGGGAAAUAUGGGAGUUUAUGAGUAGCAUAAUUCAGCUUGCAUCCGCUUCUGAGGCAACAGUGAGCACAUAUGAAGUUUCUAUGUGGCGGUCACUUUGGAAUGACCUAUUUUCCCAGAUUUUUCGCGCUGUCAGGAGUAUAUUAAAUGGCUUUGUUGCCUUUUUCACAGCCUGCAACAGGCAUCGCCUGAGCAUUUAUAAUCAUUUACUGGAGUUCAUUGGAAGAUUAUUUGGUCGAACCCAGACAUCAAGGCAGGAAGAUUCUAGAUCAAGUAGACCUAAAAAGGAGACUCAGAAUAUGCCAGAAGUGAGGAGGAAACUUCAUGUAAAUUAGGCUUGUACAACUUCCGCCAAAGCUAACGGAUCAAGGCACUUCACUAAGUAGUGCUUGUGUUAUAUUAUGACAUGUUAACAACGCAAGAGAAAAGUCUUAUCCAACAAAAUUGGGUGAACAGGGUAUUCAUGUCUUCCACUGAUACAGAAAUAUAUUACUGAAUGUACCACUGGACAAGCUUCAUUCUUUUGAUUCUUUUUGUCUUCAUCGCCUUUUGUUAUUAUGCCCAUUCUCCCCUCUCAGAUGCCUUAAAGUCAUUCACAAUGUUAUUUUUCCCUUUGCUCUAAAUCCCAGGGGAUCCAGUUACUUGUACUCAAAUGUGUAUCCAUGUAAAUAGUAUGUAAAGACUUGCUCGUGUAUUUAUAUAGUGAUAAUAAUAAGUUAAAAGGAAAUUUCUUAUUCAAA